UUCUCCCUGGCCUUCCCUUCCCUCCCUCCCUCCGCCCCUGCCGCGGCGGUGAGGGCGCUCGUGCGUUGGGCGAGGGCGCAGACGGAGACAGGCCGCGUGCGGAGCGAGUGUUUCCCGGCCACUCAUGGCACUCUGCGGCAAAUAUUUAUACCGCCUGGCAUUUGGGUCCUGCCGCCCGGGCCUCAUUUGGCGGAGGGAGGGCCACGCGGACGCUUUUUUCUUUUCUUUUCGCGACUGGUAGAGGCAUGAGUCGAGCGACGGACGGGGCCGCCGAUUGCAGAUGGAGAUCGUAUCCACUCCUGUGGCCCUCCCACCUGCGAUGGCUGCAGGUGAGCGCACCGCCUCGUUUCGCCCAAAAUCAAUGGCAGGUGAUUAGGUCAGGGCCUGCCAUUUCGCACCAAGAUGCCAUAAUCACUAGCGCAAGACCCUCGGCAAAGACCCGCGGCGACGACCCUCGGCGCCGCGCACUGGAAGGAUCUCGCCGACAGGAGCACCCAGGCUCGGCUUCAUUAGCUCGGCGACUCGCUGGGAGAGCUGCCGCAGAGAGUUCGCCAUUCCCUGUGUUGAGUCUGUCUGUGGUUGUUCGGCCGACGGAAGCGCACGCAGCGAUCGGCGGCAAAACAGCGGCGCGCCGCGAGUAGGCAAGCGAUCGCUGCGGCGGCGGCGGCGCGAUCGUCCGCCUGUCGAGCUUCAGCGAAAAGUCACGUAGUCAUUCUGAUGUAUCCGCCACGAUACGAGGGCUAGCGUGGAGGGCGGGAAGGGGGGGGGCAGGAUAAACCCAGGAAAGGCUCGGAUAAGGCUUAUCAGAUCGAGGAUCUGCUUCCCAUGCCGAGGCCACAGACAGCCUGUUGUCAUGAUAACGAAGGAAAAAUAAAGUACUGAAGGAUCGAAGUGUAACUGAAAUAAUUAAGGAAAUCCAUUAAAAAUUCCGUUUCUGCCGCGCAUUUAUUUCCGCUGGAGCUGUCCGAGCUUCCUUCUCUGAAAAGGGCUGCGCUGCCACGAAGCGAAUGCAGAAUAACUCUAGUCAUUAGCUCAAACACAAAAUAGUUAAAUAAACAGUGCUUGCACCGCUGCAGAGGCGGCGAGAGAGAGAGAGAGAGUGACGAAUAUCAAUCCCAUUUCAACAACAGCAUCAAACUCAGUAUAUUUCGCAAUAUUCACUAGUGAGCGGUUCGGUCAACUAGCCGACGGUACGGACUAUCGACCUUUUCGCGGCCAAGGACAAAAUGUUCGCUUCUCCCUUACAAACGGUUAAGAAGAAAAUAAUAAUCAACAAAAAAUCACUUUGGCAGGUAUAUGUUUGUAUUGUUUUUACCAAUUUUAUUUAAAUAUCAGCCGCAUAUCUAUGCUUACAUUUGUCUCGCAGGCUACGACGCCUGUCACAACUGUCAAAAGUUAUUUCUCAAAACUCCCGUCCUUCCUGGCCAUCCAGCGGCGGAGGGAGCAGCGAGGAGCAGGAAGGAGCGAAAAUAGUGAGAUGAGAAGCAGCGAAUGCUUUGAUUUCUUCGCUAUAAAAACAUGAUUCUAAUUUUAGCAGCAGCGCAAGUGCCGCGGCCGAGGGAGCGCCAUCUGCGUGAGUGUCUCCAUGCGCGCGAACUUUUGCCAUGACAAAACGUUUCUAAAGUAUUUUCCGCGUGUGACACUCGUUUUUUUGCAGCCUGUCAUUUCCUGUGCACUGGCAGUUAUAGCGCAAUCCUGACCGCCUGUCGCAUUGCAACCUCGUUUCGGGCGACCUUCCCCAUGCUGGCAUCAGCCUCCGCGACGGCCUGACAUGGCCACAGGACACACUAUUUCCCUUUAACAGAGCAGCAGGUGCGGCCGAGGAGCGGCGGGGCAACCGUCUUUGCAAGUCAGUGUUCCCGGAUGUGCGGGUCAGGACGACUGCCCUGUUGCCAUCGCUGCGUAGUGUGCUUUCGUGCUCGCCUGCUGGGACUUUGGCAAACUGGAGAGAUACAGCGUCACCGAGAUGCAGCCGCCGUUUGGAAGGAACUGUCCAUCCUGAGGGCAAUUAUUUUCGCGACAUAGAGGGACGAGGAGUCGCGGCACCUUUCGCCACAGGGAAAAAGGAGCCUCCCUCCUCCUGGUCCUCCUCCUCCUGGCUGCCCUCUGCUCUCUCCUCCCUUCCUCGCAUCCGCAGGCUGUUUGCUUGGGAUCCCGCGUGAAUCCAACUCCUUCCUCAGCGUGAAUCACCCGCCCUGUGCAAACCUUCAGGCAUCUGCCUCGAGUGGCGCUUCCCUUGGUGACUCAGGACCACAUGCAAACGCCUCCGCCCUGACCCCCCACCCCCCACCUCCCGCUCUGCAUCGGCAAGUCUGCUUUACAGGGUGAGGCAGAAAUUCGUGCAUGCGUCCUCGAUGGCCACCUGUGCACAACACUGAUGGACAACAUCCCAUUAACCCUUUCAUAUACUACUCUCAGGCCUCACCAUCACACGUGUAAACAAACAGUACUUAAGAGUACUUCUUAACAAACCCAGGCUUUACUGAGGUUUAUGCAGCAAACGGUAUUUGAUUUCACAAGUCAUAUGCCAAACGAAUACUGGCUGAGCUUAUGUAACGGAAACAUUCUUUUCAGAUUCACAAGGACUUUGUCAGGCCACUGCAGUUCGAAUUACUGCUGUUUAUGCAGUAAAUAACGUCACUA